AACGAGACAAUCGUAACUCGUAAGUCAAAGAAACGCACAGUACCAUAACUCGCAAAAUAUAAAAAAGAAAAGAAAAGAAAAGAAAAACAAAAAGCUGUGUGUCUUUUAGCGUGCUUUUUGAGUUAUUCUGCAAGGAGCUGCUACAUCCCAAUUGUUGUGGGGUUUGUUGAAGACGUGAGGAACUUGAUCUUUGUAUCCUCUUACUUUAUUAAUUUCUCAGAAAAAUUCAAAGUUUUGGGGAGCUUGGGGAUUUUGGGGAUUCCUGGUAAAGUUUAGAAUUUGGCUUUCAGGCUUUUAGGCAGCUGGGUCAAAUAAAAACUGCGCAUUUUGCUCUAAAUUGGAUCUCAUUUUUAGCGUUGUGGCUUGUGAGAGGAGGGUGAGAUGGGUUCGUUUGGAAAGCUUGCGACGAGGGCUUUGGAGACUGAUAUGCCGGUUAUGGUUCAGAUACAGGAACUGAUCCGAGGAGCCAAAAAUGCUGUGUCUUUGGCCCAGGGGGUAGUUUAUUGGCAACCGCCUAAACAGGCAUUGGAUAAGGUUAAGGAGCUUGUGUUGGAGCCUUCAAUUAGUCGUUAUGGUGCUGAUGAAGGUAUCCCUGAACUCAGAGAGGCAUUGGUCAAAAAGCUUUGCCUGGAAAAUAAACUUCACAAAUCUUCAGUGAUGGUUACUGCAGGUGCAAAUCAGGCAUUUGUAAAUCUUGUUCUUACAUUGUGUGAUGCUGGGGAUUCAGUAGUGAUGUUUGCCCCAUACUACUUCAAUGCCUACAUGUCCUUCCAGAUGACUGGUAUCACUAACAUUCUGGUGGGUCCUGGUAACCCCAAGACGCUUCAUCCAGAUGCAGACUGGUUAGAAAAGACAUUGUUGGAAACUAAACCAUCCCCAAAGCUUGUUACUGUUGUUAAUCCUGGCAACCCAACUGGGACUUACAUUCCAGAGCCUCUUCUUAAGAGGAUUUCAGAUCUCUGCAGAAAUGCUGGAUGUUGGCUCGUUGUAGAUAAUACAUAUGAGUACUUCAUGUAUGAUGGUCUAAAACACUCAUGUCUGGAGGGAGAUCACAUAGUCAACAUAUUUUCCUUCUCGAAAGCAUAUGGGAUGAUGGGAUGGCGGGUUGGAUAUAUUGCAUAUCCUACGGAAGUAGAGGGCUUUGCAGCUCAACUUCUCAAAGUUCAAGACAACAUACCCAUAUGUGCUUCAAUAAUUUCACAACAUCUUGCCCUUUACUCCUUGGAAUUGGGACCUGAGUGGGUCACUGAGAGAGUGAAAGAUCUUGUCAAGAACAGGGAAAUUGUUUUAGAAGCACUCUCUCCCCUUGGAGAAGAUGCUGUGAGAGGAGGAGAAGGUGCUAUAUACCUGUGGGCAAAGCUUCCUGACAAAUAUGUUGAGGACUUCAAAGUUGUUCGCUGGCUUGCUCAUAGGCAUGGGGUGGUUGUGAUCCCGGGAAGUUCAUGUGGGUGUCCAGGGAACGUUAGGAUCUCCUUUGGGGGCUUGGUAGAGAGUGAUUGUAAAGCUGCUGCACAGAGGCUGAGGAGAGGGUUAGAAGAAUUGGUCAAAGAUGGAAUGGUGGAGUAACUAUUACUCUUUAAGGUUCAUUCGAAACAUUGAAAUUUGAAGUACAUUUGCAUUUGAAUAAUUGGAGACAUUAUGAAUUAUUAGAGCAGUAUUUCUGGUUA